CCAACAAGCUGGCUCCUCACAGCUGCUUCCGGGAGCCAAGAUGGCGGCGUUGCUGUGGCUGGUGCCGGGGUUGAGGGCUGCAACCGUGACGACGCUGGGCUGAACGGCGGUGGCGAGUCGCCCGGGGAAGGGCCCUAUGUCCGCCCAGUUGCCCAGCUAGGGAGACGUACACCUUUCCCUUUGCUGGUUCUGCAGUUCUCCUUGCCUGGCAAUGCAUGUGGAGGUGUCAUCCAUGCCCCACAGAGAAGACCCAUCUUGCACUGAUCUCUGUUGUUAAAUGAAUUCCGUGUCACCAACCUCAGUGCAGUACCGAAGCCAAGAUGAGCUGCGCCACUCAGAAGGAAAGCAACUGUUCAAUCCCAGGGCCAGUAGCCAGGGAAGGACCUACUCGGGGCUCUUCCCUGGAGGAGCUGCAGCACGGAACCAGCAAAGUGAGCCUGACGAAGUGGACAAGAUCAAAAGCAAGCUCCUCUCUACUUGGAACAAUGUAAAAUAUGGCUGGACGGUCAAGACAAAAACCAAUUUCAGCAAAGUUUCCCCAGUCCACAUUUUUGGACACACCUACCACUUUGAACGAGAUGAAGAUUUGGAGGGCUUCCAGAAGGACUUUGCUUCCCGCAUCUGGUUGACCUAUCGGCGGGACUUUCAGCAGCUUGAAGGCACCAUGUGGACCACUGACUGUGGCUGGGGCUGCAUGUUGCGCAGUGGGCAGAUGCUGCUGGCUCAGGGACUCAUUGUCCAUUUCCUUGGCAAAGACUGGAUUUGGCCAGAUGCUCUUCACACCCCAGGUUUAGUGGAGAUGGACCCCAUGAAAGUUACCCACCUUCCCUGUCCCAGCACAGCCAACUCGCAUCAGGGCCCACCCAUCCCCACCGAUAAGAGCAGAGGCCCCUGGGAGCUGCGGGCCCCUCGGCACACCCGCAGCCCUGAUGAACUGGAAAAAGAGCGUUAUCACCGGAAGAUUAUCUCCUGGUUUGCAGAUAGACCUCAAGCACACUUUGGGAUCCACCGUCUAGUCAGCCUGGGACACAGUUCAGGGAAAAAAGCAGGAGAUUGGUAUGGGCCUUCUGUUGCUGCUCACAUCAUCAGGAAAGCGGUGGAUUGCUGUUCAGAAGCAGGCAAUCUGGUGGUCUAUGUGUCUCAGGAUUGCACAGUGUACAAAGGAGAUGUGGCGAAUCUGGCCAACAAGAGCGAAGGCAGGACAGCAUGGGACCCUGGGGCAGUGUGGAAAGCAGUCAUCAUCCUGGUACCCAUGCGGCUGGGGGGAGAAGCUUUUAACCCUGCCUACGUGGACUGUGUCAAGGAACUUCUGAAGCUAGAAUUCUGCAUUGGGAUCAUUGGCGGGAAACCACGACAUUCACUCUACUUUGUUGGAUACCAAGAUGAUACCCUUCUGUACCUGGAUCCCCACUACUGCCAGCCUUUUGUGGACACUGCAAAGGAGAACUUUCCCCUGGAGUCCUUCCACUGUAACUCCCCCCGCAAAACAGCCUUCACCAAAGUGGAUCCCAGUUGUACCAUUGGCUUUUAUGCCCGUCACAGGACAGAGUUUGAGGAGCUGUGCUUGCACUUGACACAGGUCCUGAACUCCUCCACGGCCAAAGAAAAAUAUCCCAUGUUCUCAGUUGUGGAGGGCUGUGCUCAGGAAUAUGGCUUGGAGGAGCUCUCUGCCCAUUUCUCCCAGCAAAAAGUGCAGGCUCACCAGUCUAGCAGGCGAGGCAGGGCAAAAAAGCCCUCAACGGAGGAUUUUGUUGUCUUAUGAUUGUUCUGGGAAGCCCCAACACCACACAGGCUUAUUUAUUUUUUAUUUAUCUAGCGGAUGCAGGGCUGUAGUGGAGCUGCCUGGCUCUCAGGAGCUCCUAUGUUGUACCUAGCGUGGACUGUCUUUGCUCUGCCGUGUUGCACCGUGAUUUCCUCAGGGGAGAGACUGCAACUGAACUAUCUUGAAGUUUGUGGGGACCUCUCCUCAAUUAGAAGAAAGUCAUAACACUGAAAUAAGCCUGCUGAAUAUGGGCAAAGAAUAUUUAGCACUAAAUGACUGUACAGGGCAAGAACCAAAGCCUUCAAUGGAGAGAAAAAAGUGGGCAGCUACUGAUGAGAGGAGGAAGAUUAUUGGGGUGAGUUCUAGGUUUCUCACUCUGCUGCUGAGAUUCCAGGACUCCUGCUACUAGACUUCUACAACAUGCUUAAUCUCUUUUUUUUACACUGGAACCAUCAUAAUGAAGGAAGUGAGGAACAGCAUGGCCUUGUUUUAUUUGGUGUCUGGUCUCUUUCAUUGUGGAGAGAAGAGUCUGUGUUCACUUCAGCUGCAGGAUGACAAUUUCCUAUGUUAGAAACUACAAUUUCCUAUGUUAGAAACUAAAUACAAUACUUAAAGCUCGUACUCCAAACAAUUGUUCACCAAUGAGGUAAAUUAGGAAAACCAACACCAAUAAUGGUUGUUUAACAAGGUCUUGGGACAUGAUUUCAGAGCAUGCAGGAGGACUUUCCCAUUGGGCAGGGGCAAAAAAGAGUUAACAAAGGAGUCUGGUGUAAUUUUGCAGAGACAACAUCUUGGGACAAAGCCGUACACACCAGCGAACAACCACUGGAGCGUUUCACAUUCAGCAUGUUCGACUGCCGUGCCCUUCCCCUCCUGUCCCUCAAUAUUAUGCCUAGAGAACUUUUUUCUGUCUCUGUUUUUUUUUCAAGCAGCAACUGGAGAGCAAGCUAGAGUGGGAUAGCAAAGCUAGGCUGGGGUACUCCUCCACCUUUUUGUCAAGUUCUAGUGUUUGAACUCAGGGGUGUGUGCAUCAGUGUCUUAGAACAUUUCCUUCAUAGGCAAUACCUCCUCCCUGGUCUGUUUUAGUCAAUAAAACUUCAACCUGGAAAA